AUGCUGUCCUGCGGCAGGCGCGCGGCUGAGGUCGUUGCCCGAAACCCCACCGUCCGCGGGCUGGCCUCUCUUCCCGCAGAGCAAGUCCGGGGCUCGAGCGAGAUCGCGGAGACGCUCAUCCACCCGCUCAGCCCCUGCACGGCCGCCGUGGCCGCGUCCGCGGCCGACUGGCACUCGCGUGUGCUGGUGGACGUGUACGAGCGCCCCGCCGCCGGCGGCGACCACGCGCUCAAGACGGUGGCGGGCGACCUGUUCCACCUGCUGCGCAGCGCGGGCAUCCGCCCCCUGCACGUCCCCGACGUCCCCGCCGUGGCCGCGCAGGCUGCGCGCCUGAACUGCCUGGCCUCGGGGGCGCGAGGCGUGCGCCAGUCCACCAACGAGGUGCUCAUGGUGGCGCCCACCGCCUUUGGCUUCAACGAGCAGGCCGCGCAGGACAACACCUUCAUGCACACUGGGGCAGGCGCCGCCUCAGACGCAGGUCCCAGCGUGACGCACCGCGUGGUGCGCGAAUUCGCGGGCCUGCACCGCGAGCUGGCCGACGUGGCCGGGGUGCGGGUGAACCUGUUCCAGCACUCGCUGGCGCACGGCACGCCCGACGCCUGCCCCAACCGCGCGGCGGAGGCGCGGGAGGACGUCGUGGGCGUGCUGCGCGCGCUGGGACACGCCGCGGAGGGCACCGGCUCGCUGGUGCUGGACCGCGUCAACGGCGUGGCCUACGUGGCGCUGUCGGAGCGCGCCGACGCGGCGCUGGCGGACGACUGGGCGCGCCGCCUGGGCUACGACCGCGUCGUCGCCUUCAGCUCCGGCGACGGGCGGGGGGGGCGGUGUACCACACCAACGUCAUGA